GGCGGACAGGGUGGGGUCUCAGAGGCGGGAAGGAAGAAACUUGCAGAGUCAGUCCUUCCCCUAUUGAAGGAGAGGCCGGUUGCAGGCCACAGAAAGUCCCUCAUUGUCUGAAUAAAGAUGAAACGGAAGGCCGGAAAUCCUGCAGAGGAGAAGCAGGAGGCUUGUGGCAUUUGGCUGGAUACUUCAUCCCUCAAAAAACGUAAAAUGAAGACCCUAAUAGCUAAGCCAACAUUAAGCCUGCAGAACAGGGCCUUGCUCUACCCUGCCCCAGAAAAAGUGCCUCUUCCCUUCACCAAGCAAACAACAAUCUCCACAUUCUUCAGGACUCAAUCAGCAGGAGAAAAGAAAGCCAGCACAAACUCAGGGCUGCCAGGCGCUGCGUCAAAAAGCAACCACAGCCUGCAAGGAUGUGAAUCAGUAGAAGGGAAGAAAAGCCGGUUGGUAGCCUCAUCAUUUCUGCCACUUCUGGAAUUCAAACUUGUACCAAAUGAUACCUAUCAAGCCUCUUCUCACAGUAACAGCAGAGGUAUGGAUCGAGCUAAGGAAGAAAAACUAACCACAGAAGAUAACAACUUAGCCUCCACUCAUAGUGCUGUUUCCAGGUCACCUUUGAGAAACAAAAAUGGUGGACGGAGAACAUCCAGCACCCUGUGUUCCCAAACUAACCAAAACCUGAAAGCUCUGAGAAGAGACAGAAGCCAUUCCUCCUUCAGCAAGAGCUGCCUGAGUGAUUCCUCAGACUCUGAGAACACAGAUCCUCAGCUGGAGAGGAGGGGCACAGCUGUGAAGCUGAGAGACUUUAACCAAAACAUGGCAGGGAUUUCCUCAGAAACAGUCAUGGCUCUUCAUGUUUCUGAUAAGGGGCCCGAGAACAGCCAAUCAGGAUGCACCAGCUCCUUGUUCAGUCAAGACUCUGAGGGCCACAGAGUAAUUUCUCACCACUUUUCUGGCGAGCGAGAAAAACUUUGUUUGCUGAAACAGCCUCUGUGGGACAAAAGCAACCGAGGAACCAGCCCAGUCUAUAGAGACUGCUUUAGGACUUGUUUUCCUAAAGAGAGUGGGCCCCAACUACCUGCAGGAGCAGAGAUUCAACUGGAGUCAUGUUACGACUUGCUAUUCACAGAGGAUUCGGAAGGCAAUCGAGUAAUUAAGCACUGACUUGUAAUUGCUCAGUGGGAUGCAGGCCUAGUUAUGCACGUGACAUUCAGGUUUGAAACUUAAAUAAAAGGUAUACUGUAAAUACAUAUCAUAGUGCCUUGUGGUUACUAAUUAUUAAAUAAAGGAAUGUUACAUGAA